AAAAAAAAAUCUCAUCCACGAAAAUAAAAUAAAAUCAGUCCUAUUUUUCAGAGAAAAUCAGAUGAUAUUCAGAACUUGUCCUCUUCUUCUCUGGAAUUCUAUCCUUCGUUUUUCGUUUCCUUCCUUUCUACGUUUUCUAGGGUUGUUCUUUUUCCCUUUUUCUCCAAUGCCGGAGAAACUCCCACGGAUUUCAUCUCCAAUCCCACCAUAGAAAGAAAAUGGCUUCGGCGGAGGCGAUCUCCGCCUUCUUCCUUGGGCUCCUUCCCUUCUGGUUCGCGAUCCUCGCUGGGCUCCUUAUCGGAUGGUCGUGGCGACCUCGGUGGGCCGCUGCGCUCGUCUUCCUGGCCCUAAAUAGCAGGUCUCGAUUCGUAUGGACGGUCCCUCCAGGUCUCGGCGCCAGGCGCAUCUGGUUCGCCUUGACUGCUCUCUCUGUCUUCUCGAUCCUUAAUAGAUUCUUUAGAAGAUUUAAGACCUGUUCGAAAGCGCCGUCAUCUGAUGGCAUAUCCGGCGAUCAAAGCAUCACCUUCCGUCAGAAUUCAUCUUUUUCUGGUGCUGAGGAUGAGCAACCUGGAGUGACAGCUGCUGAUUUGGAGACCCUUUUUUCUUACAUUGAGGAGACGGAUGGUGGUCCCCCAUGGCAGUUGAUGAUGGAAAAAUCCACUGCCACACUGGCAUUCCAAGCUUGGCGUCGUGAUCCAGAGCUUGGCCCUACACAGUAUCGUACGAGAACAAUCAUUGAGAAUGUAGCACCUGAUUUGUUAAGAGACUUCUUUUGGGAUGAUGAGUUCCGAACCACAUGGGAUAACAUGCUUAUCUACUUCAGGAUUCUACAGGAAUGUCCUCGGACGGGAACCAUGAUUGUUCAUUGGAUUAGAAAGUUUCCCUUUUUCUGUAGUGAUCGUGAAUAUAUCAUAGUUCGUCGCAUUUGGGAAUCUGGAUCUACCUAUUACUGUGUAACAAAGGACACACAGCAUUCAGCUGUACCAAGGCAAAGAAAACCUAGACGGGUAGACCACUACUUCUCCAGUUGGCGUAUAAAGGCAGUGGAAGCAAGGAAUGGAGGGCAGCAGACAGCUUCUGAGGCGCUCCUUUUUCAUCACGAAGAAAUGGGGAUUCCAAAAGAGCUUGCAAAGAUUGCUAUUCAGAGAGGAAUGUGGGGCGUUGUGAAGAAAAUGGAUGUUGGAGUGCAGGCCUAUCUGUUGGCAAGGCUGAAUGGAGCUCCUCUUUCACGAUAUGCUGUCAAGGCACGUUUCAGUACCAAGAAUCCAUCCUCUAUAUUGUCAUUGCCCGAGUCAGAAUCUGAUAACGUGGAUGAGAGACUCAAGCAGGUUGAAAUCUCUGAGGAACCAAAAUGGACAAAUCACCUGUUGAAGUGGUUGGUCGUGGGUGGAGUUCUGGUUGUGUGUGGGUUAAAUGGGGGAGCCAUUGGUAAGGGGAUAGUAUUUGGGAUUGUCAGAGGCUUUCGGAGAGUUCAGAAACCUAAGAAGAAUGAGAGUGAAGGGGGUUGAAUAUAGCUUCAUCCCAACAGGUAACAAGCAUGCGUGGUAAUGGGAAGUGGAAGAUGAGCUAUUUUAUGACCUAAAGAAGUAACAUCCACAGUAGAAGAAUAGUGAAAAUUUCACUGCAUUUCUUCUACAGCGACAGACCAAAGCUACCACAGCCAAAAACGUUAAUGCUGCAUACACCUGCAUUAGUGAUUGGUGCAAGCAGAAAUGGGUAUGGUUGGAUAUUAUGCAAUUUGGUUGACCCCUUUACAACUGCUGCAUCAUAUUACAAAGAAAAUCUUUUCUGCCCUGCUUUUAACAGCAGAUGUACAGACAGGGUCGGUGGGAAAUUUCAGAUAUGGGUUCUAGGUGUUGCAGUUGUUUCACGUGAAGCCACAGCGCUGAUGUGCUGAAAUAUUUGGUUUAUCAAUGCCUUUGUAUAGUUUGAACUACUGAUGGAAGAGAUGUUAUUAAUUAUUAUCUCAUGCACUUCAUCGAA